GUGUGAGUUAAUACUAAAUAUUGAAAAAUCAUUGAGAUAUUUGGAAACAUCCAAAAAAAAAGAGACUAGAAAUUUCACCAAACAAUGAUACAAACAAGAACUAUCUUUUCUAACCCUUACACCCCAAAUAUUGUCUCGCCUUAACUACUUUUAAUAUUCUUUCUUUGUUUUUUUUUUGGGUAUAAGAGACAAUUCGAAAUCUGAAAUCCAAUUAAGAGAAAAACAAAAAUUCAGUCUUUUUGGCAUUACGUCGAACACUUGGAAGGCAUAAAGCUUAAAACUUGGAAGAUAACAAUGGUGGAAUCUUCACUUGGUUCCGACAAGGAGAAGAAAGGAAGUAAGCAGCCAGUUUAUCGUGGAGUGCGCAUGAGGAGCUGGGGAAAAUGGGUUUCGGAGAUUCGUGAGCCACGGAAAAAAUCGAGGAUCUGGCUCGGUACUUUUCCGACGGCGGAGAUGGCGAUGCGUGCUCACGACGUGGCGGCUUUGAGCAUCAAAGGAACUUCUGCCAUUCUCAAUUUCCCUGAGCUCUCAGAAUUUUUGCCCCGACCCGCCUCGCUCAGCCCGCGUGACGUCAGAGCCGCGGCGACCAAAGCUGCUUUCAUGGAAUUCGAUACGGCGCCGUUUGGUCUUGAGAGCGAGAACAGCGAAACGGCGGCGUCUAAUAAUAGGUCAGAGAGCGAGACGGCGUCGUUCUCUUCGUCUUCGGCGAGCAGCAUUUAUGAGGAGAGUUCGGUCUCCGACCAUCUGGACGAGAUCGUGGAGUUGCCGAGUUUAGACACGUGUCUAGACGAGUCGAACGAGUUGCGAAGCGAGUUCGUGGUUUUUGACUCGUUGGAGUUUGUGCCAUCGUGGUUACGCGGUGGUACGGAACAAGAUUUUACGUUUGACAAUGAUUCUCCGUUUGACUCUGUUUUCGAGGAAUGCUUUUCUUGGAAACAAUUUCCCUGAAAAUUUAAAUAUAUAUUUCUCCUUUUUUCGACCAAAAAAAAUAUUUUCUCCUUUUUUGUUAUUUUUGGUUAGUUUAAAUUUUCAUGGGAUUCUCUCUCUGGUCUUUUUUAUUUUUGCUUUGCGUGAGAUAUCUCCAAGAUGUUGAUGUGUGAAAUUGAUAACUUUUUGUAGUUUCUCCUUUUUAGUCACUCGGUCGGUGAAAUGAAAGAUGAUGAACUGUAAUC